GGAGGAGGAGGGGGCGGGGGGAUCUUCAACGCGCUGAGCCUGAUCCCCUCGGGGCUCUUCCCCCAGCCGUUCAGGCGACAGGCAGGGGACAACGAUCAGACGAUGUCGCCGCGCAGCCUGAGCCACCUGCAGCGGCUCCUCUCCGAGUCCCCGCGCCCCUCCCCGCGCAGCUCCAUCGCCGCCGCGUGGCGCCGCUACCACGGCGCCGAAUCCUGGGACGGGCUCCUCGACCCGCUCGACCCCGACCUCCGCCGCGAGCUCCUCCGCUACGGCGACUUCGUCCAAUCCGCCUACCGCGCCUUCGAGCACUCCUCCUCCUCCUCCUCUUCCGGCCACCGCCACGUCGUCCUCCCCGACCGGUCCUACCGCGCCACGCGGAGCCUCUUCGCCACCUCCUCCCUCGCCCUCCCGGAGUGGGCCCACACCCACCUCUCCUCCGCGCCCGACUGGCUCACCCAGCGCUCCAGCUGGGUCGGCUUCGUCGCCGUCUGCGACUCCGACCGCGAGAUCGCCCGCAUGGGCCGCCGCGACAUCGCCGUCGUCCUCCGCGGCACCGCCACCUGCCACGAGUGGGCCGAGAACCUCCGCACCUCCCUCGUCCCCCUCCCCGCCGCCGCCGCCGCCGCCGAACCCGACCUCCCCAGGGUGGCGCGCGGCUUCCUCAGCCUGUACGAGACCCCCGGGGAGCGCGUGCCCAGCCUCUCCUCCGCCAUCGUCGACGAGGUGCGCCGCCUCCUCCGCCUCUACGAGGGCGAGGAGCUGAGCAUCACCGUCGUCGGCCACAGCCUCGGCGGCGCGCUCGCCCUCCUCGCCGCCGACGAGCUCCGCGCCUGCGCCCCGCGCGUGCCCCCCAUCGCCGUGCUCUCCUUCGGCGGGCCCAGGGUCGGCGACGCCGCCUUCGCCGACCGCCUCCGGCGCGCCGGCGGUGUCAACGUGCUGCGGGUGGUCAACGCGGGCGACGUGGUGACGCGGGUGCCCGGGGCCUUCGCCUCCGGGCGCGGGUACGAGCACGUGGGCGCGGAGCUGCGGGUGGACAGCCGCGACUCGCCGUGCCUCCGCCCCGACGCCGGCCCCGUCUGCAGCCACGACCUGGAGGCGUACCUGCACCUCGUCGACGGCUUCGCCGGCUCCGGCCGCGACUUCCGCCCCGACGCCAGCCGGAGCGUCGUCCGCCUGCUGCGCCACCAGCGGCCCAGCAUCAAGAAGGUCUACGCCAACCGCGCUCUCGCGCUCCGCCUCGACCGGCCCUCCGAAGCUCCGCCCGAACCGUACGGAUACGUCGCCAGCCCCUCGUGA